AUGCCUUUCUUCUCUCGCCAUAGCGAACCUGUCGAGGAGGAGCCUCAGCCUGAGCCCCUUCGAGUCGAGGAAGAGCGUCCCAAACGCCACGGCCUCUUCGGAAGCCGUCACCGCUCACCCUCCCCUACCCCUUCCCGCGCAACUCAGGCAACCAACAACACGAACAGACUCUCGACGGCUUCCCACUCAUCAACAAGCGAUCACAACGGGGGCGGCGGUAUCUUCCGCCGCUCUACCGAGGCCAGCAACGGACAUCGCAGCCUGCUGCAUCGGACCUUCGGCAACGGAAACGAUUCCGAGAUAGACCCCAGCAUCCUGCAAGCUCGCGAGCGCGUCAGCGGUGCCGAGGCGGCCGAGCGUGAUGCCGACCGCGCCCUCGCUGCUGCCCGCCAGAGCGUGCGGGAGGCACACGAGCAUGUCCGCAGGCUCGAGCUCGAGGCCGAGGAGGAGGCGCGCCUGGCCAGGAUCAAGCAGCAUCACGCCCGCGAGGUAUCGAAGCGGGGCAAGCAACUCGGUCGUCAUGGCCUAUAA